GUGCUGAAAUGAAGUAUACAAACCCGGGGCGAUAUUCUUCCGCUCCGGCAUUGCGUACAAGUCGGAAGUCGGAAACCACUUCUUUGCUCCUCUCCACCUUCACUUCGAGAAGGCAUUACCUCUGGUAGUGACGAUUCUACUAGCCUGGAUGUGACCAAGAUAAGACAUUGAGCUAGGAUGGGUAGAAGCUCCUGGCGUGCUCAAAGCUGUCGGACGUGUCUGGCAAGAAAGGUCAAGUGUGACAUGACCCGACCCAAAUGCACUCGGUGCCAAUCUUCGAAGUUGACUUGUGGAGGAUACUCACGGAUCAGCAAUGCUACGAUAGGUCACAGAACACAUACUUCACACCCUAUACAUCUUGCACAUACAACCUUCGAGUGCGGUCAGCAAUCAUUGGUCGUUUACCAGGAUCAAAUACAGCUGAUCGCUCACUUCCUCGACGACUACCUCCCCCCGAAGACCCCGGAUGCAGUCACUUAUCAAUCGCCCGUCAACUGGGCCGAGACCUUUUCUUCUUUCUUGGAGGCCCAGUCGCCCAUAGUCCACAGGUUGCUAGUUGCCUUAACCCUAAAUCAUGCCGCCAACAGCCGCCAUGACGAUACACUCACCCAGCGGAGUCGGCAGCAGUACGAGCUUGCGGUGCAGCAAAUAUGCGCCCUCAACGAGCUCAACCAGCCCACUGACCUCAUCCGCAGUGGCAUGAUCCUGGCCCUAUACGAGUCGUACACCUACCCGCCAGCGCAGAACAGUGGUGCAUGGCAGGCGCAUGUGCAAGCAGCCUGCAAUAUCGUACGGCAGCUGGAAGCACCCACGACGGUGCUCGGAAAACAGGACGUGCGACGGCUCCGUACCGUCGAUGUAUAUCUCUGCUUUUUGUCUUCUGGCAUGGGAACCUACUGAUGACUGCAUUGUUCUACGAAGGACAAAUGCUCGAUUGGUACCGAGGGCUGGAGUUGGAGAACGAUGGCCCACCGUAUGUGUCUCGAGCAUCAGUCGUGGCGGCAAGAGCUUCUGCAUCUGGAGAUAUAUUGGCGUUCCCGAACCCUUCGAUCAUACCGCUUGUGCUGCUGUAUUGGAUUGGUAUGGUAGCCGUCUAUGCGUCUCUAGCCGAGAUGCUCCAGACGCUCAAGCAAUCCGGGCAAUUUGAAGCAUCGACCACCUUGCCACAGCGGCUGAAGAAGGCUGAGAAUCUGUGCCACUACUUUACUACUCGUAUCAACCAGUGCCACGCCGGAUGUGCAGGCCUGGGGCUGGGGACUGCUAUUCUGGCCGCAGCAACCUCUUUAGCUGCACGGCAGAUA